CAGGAGCGCGACAGCCUUGCGGCGCAGGUGGCUCAGUUGCGGAAGACCCUGUCUGGUUUAGAGGUGGAAAUGGAAGUGUUGUCUCUCGAGCGGGACUUGGCCGUUCAGGAUCGUGAUGCGGCGAAGUCGAGCGUGGUAGAUGCGGAGAUGCUGGCGAGUGAGAAGGUGAAGGAACUAUCGUCCAAGUUGGGCGAUGUCUCAGCUGGGCUUGCAGAAGCGCGGGUGCAAGCGAAGACCGCUCUGGAGAAACUGGGUGCGGCGGAGAAGGACAGCGAUGAGGCGCGAGCAGCUCUCCAGGCGGAGAUGAUCGCACGGAAGACCGAGCAGACAGCGUCACGUGACGAGCUCUGUGCCGUGAUGGCACAACGCGAUGCCGCGCUACACGAAGCGGAGUCGACGAACGCGGAACUGCAUGAGAAGGUGGAAGAGGGACGGCGGAACAUCGCGUUGUUGCAGCAGCAGCGGGAAAGCACAUCCGCGGAGCUCGAGAGCUCUCGAAAGAACCUCGCCGAGGUGCAGACGGCCGCGGCGGGGCGUGCGGAGGCGGCGGCGAUGCAAAACGAAGAAUCAGAGCGCAGGUGCCAGCAGCUGGAGGCGCAGGUAGCGCAACUGCAGUCCGAAGUGCAGGCGACGAAGGAGGAGCUGCACCACGCUGCGGAGAAAGCCGCUGCACUCAUGACACGACUCACCGGUGUCUACGGCACUCCAGCCGGCACGAUCACCACCACAGCAGCAGACGCAGCAGCAGCAAACGACGAUGAUCGUAGCGGCGAUUCGGACGGCGCGGGCGGUGCGAGGGAGUUCGGGUCGUCGUUGUCCUCCCCCGCACUGCGCAACUCAAACCCACAAAGCGAUGCCCUUCUGCUGGCUGAGGUGCGCCACCGACUCCGCGAGCGGGAAGAGGCGAUGCGGCUGCUGGCGGAGGGCGUGGAACUGCGCGAGCGGGCACGUCCGUUGGAGCGCAUCCUCGCGGAAAAAAUGGACGGCGCAGAGGGGAGCAAGCGGAAUACGCCGCCAGAGAUGGCGAUGGUGGACGCCGCCGCCUCCGUGGCAGCGCGCGAGGCGCAGUUGGAGGUGCGGGCUGCGCAGCUCAAAAAGAAGGAGCAGCAGCUGCUGCGAGUGGCACACGAACUGCAGGCGAAGUCGCACGCGCUGCAGACGCUGCAUCUCCGCGCCGCCGAGAGAGGCGGAGGAGGAGGACAGUUCGAAAAAGACAGCAACGACGAAGCGAAGCGCGCGGACACCGCGCCGGCGCAGCUUCCACCCGCGCCCAUCACACCCGUUCGAGCACCUCUGCUGGAGAAUGACAACGUGGAGACGAGCACGAGGGGACAGGGAGACAGCGGCGAGGCCGUCGCCUCCCCUCCGCCGCGGCCACCACCGCAGCCUUCCGCGAUAUUCAUGGCGCCGCCCGACGACGUUGAUCAGCAUCAGCACGCGCGGGGCAGAGACGAGGACGCGGCCGACACGCAGGAGCGACUUGCAGCGGCGACGGAGGCGUACCGAGAUGUCUUGUUUGGGCACAUCCUGGAAACCAACGGCCUGCAGGGCUGUCGUUCCCUGGCGCGGUACCUGCCGGGCCCAACGGGAGGCCACCGAAGUAAUAAUGCGACGAUGACGGACAGCGGCGCAGGGGGGCUGUCGGACAUGGCGCGAGAAACGCGUGCGAUGCUGCGGGCGUUGGAGGACCGACUCGACGGCUCGCGCGGGGCGCCGCGGGGGGUCGACCCGGCGGUGCAGCAGCGCAGCUUGGAGGCCUUUCGAAAACUGGAGAAGGCGGUGCGUUCGCUCUGUGGUGCCAACCUGGAAGCGUAG